AUGGAAUUUUCCGUUUUUUUUCUUGCAAAAAGCACUUUUAUAUUAAUUUUCAAUGUCUUCAUGAAACUCAAUAAUUGUUUUCAGGUUUUCAGGCGUUUUUUACAAUAUUCUACAUGCUGUAGCCGGAUUCGAAGGACAGUUCCCGAGUGCGGAUUUUGGCGAUGUUUUCUCCCGACAGGUGGAUCAAAAAUGCUUGAACGCACGGAAAAAGAUGAGCCAGGAAAAGGACACACCAUCGCACUGAUCACUGGGACGAAAACAACUGCCUAAUGGACUUUAUUUUGCUUCCCACCCUUUUUUUGUUGUUAUUUUUGAGAUUUUCGUUGUUAGAAUAUUGUAAUUAUUCAUCAAUUCGUUUUUUGUUUGAUUUUAUUAGGAAUUUCAUCACAAUAGUCAGUUUUCUGUACAUUUCGUGACUUUUUUGGUGUUUUUUUUGUUUUUUAGUUAAUAAAUAAACAAUAUUUUUGAAAAACAAU